AUGCCCUCUAGGAUACUUCGGGCGCCACCACCUCCACGCCGACCCAAAUAUGAUGAUGUUGACAUGAUCUUCACACCUGUUGCGAACGGAAGGAGGAUAAGCGGCGGCAUGCAGGCCAUUAUUGGCCUGGUGGAAGAGAUGCAGACCGUGGUCGAUGUCGUCGGACCUUCCUCCGAACCUGCCUCUGAGGUCGGCAGCGACGAGGAGAGCAGCGACGAAGAGGAAGACGGGGAAGCAGAACCCAUAGUCCACGUCGAGGUUCGGUUGCAGCCUGAUUCUAGAAUAAGACCCGAACUCAUCAUUGCCCAGGUCACGUACCUUCUACAGGCACAGUUGAAGUGGGUGUAUGCUGGCGAGGAGUUCACGUCGGAUCUGUGGGAGCAGAGUUCAGUGCUGCUGGAUAACGUGGAGCGGAUCUUCGUCUCCGAGACUGAACAACCUGGUCCACUGAAGGGCGAUGAGGUUGAAUACGAUGUUCACGUAUACAAGACCUCGAACGAGGGCAGCGUGAUCGAGGGUGGCUUGGAAGAGGAUGAGGACGAGGACUGUCCCACAGCUGCCACUGUCAUCACCUUGCCAUCCGCCGAGGUCGAGGGGUUAUGGGAGAACCUCAUCUAUGAAGGUGGCAUCAAGGAGCGAUUGUUGCGGUACAUGGACACGUCGCUCGUGUUUGCAGACUGUGAAAUUGACACCAACGUCAUCUCGUCUAACCGCCUUGCUCUCAUGUAUGGCCCAGCAGGUACCGGUAAGACAUCACUAUGCCGGGCACUUGCGCACAAGCUCGCUAUCCGCUACGCCAGCGACAAAUACCCCAACGGCGCCAAGCUCAUCGAGAUUAACUCUCACUCACUGUUCUCCAAGUGGUUCAGCGAGAGCGGCAAGCUUGUGCAGAAGGUGUUUGACCAAGUGCAGUUUUACCUGAGUGAUCCUGGGUGCCUAGUUGUGGUCAUGAUUGACGAGGUCGAGUCGAUCGCAACAUCUCGAGCUGCAGCCAUGAAGGGAACCGAACCGGGCGACGCAGUGCGGGUUGUCAAUGCCAUCCUCACCCAGCUCGAUCGCCUCAAGUCGCACCCGAAUGCGCUUGUGCUGGCAACUUCCAACUUAGUGGGAGGGAUUGACGCUGCGUUCGUCGACCGCGCGGACAUCAAGCAGUUCAUCGGCCCACCGCCGCCAGAGGCGAUCUACUGGAUCCUGUUGUCGACCUUCAAGGAGCUUAGCAAGAGGAAAUUUGGCAGUGAGCGACUCGCUCCGCACGGCGACAAGCUCCUGCCAUGGAAAGAGGCAGUGCCUGGUUUGCGAAUUGAGCACAAGACGCGCAGGGACGAGCGCAUCUGGUUAUCCUCUGUCGAGCUGCGCAAGCUCGCAUUGCGAUGUCACGAGAUCCAGGCAAGCGGCCGCUUCCUGCGACGGCUGCCCAAGCUCGCCCACGUCCGGUUGGGGCGCCGCGCCGCGCGCCUUGGACUGUGGAUGGAGGCGUUCGCGGCCGAGGUUGAGCACGAGGCGGAGAACCAGGGCUACAUUGCGCGAGGCGAUGGCAAACGCGCAAGGGAAGAGUAG